CCCUCUGGGUCCAUUAAUCAUUCAGCUCUGGCACAGUGAAAGUCAAGGAUUUAAAAGCUCCCAACAGUGAAAACUCAGAGAGGAAUCCUCCGUCAGUGCAGCAACAUGGAUACUAAACAGCCUGAGGGAGCAUCCAGAGAUGAAGACCGGAAGAGUGGAUUCAUGAUGAGGGUCAGGAAAUUCAACCUCAAGGAAGUUUUGACCUGGCAGUUGGCGAGGACGUUGGCGAUGGGUCAGGGCCUGGCGGCGCUCAUCUGUGGGACGGCCGUCACCUCUCAGUACCUCGCCACGAGCUUCGGUGUGAACACGCCGAUGAUGCAGAGCCUCUUUAACUACACCCUGCUGUGUGUCACCUACACCACCAUGCUGCUCUGCAGAUCAGGGGAUGGAAAUAUUUUACAGAUUCUGAAGAGGAGAUGGUGGAAGUACCUCCUGCUGGGGCUGGUGGACGUCGAGGCCAACUACACUGUUGUUAAAGCGUACCAGUACACCACCCUCACCAGUAUACAGCUGCUGGACUGUUUUGUGAUCCCGGUCCUGAUGAUACUGUCCUGGUGGGUUUUGAAGACCCGCUACAGGCCGGUCCACUUUGUAGCCGUCUGCAUCUGUCUCCUCGGGGUCGGGGCCAUGGUUGGGGCCGACCUGCUGGCUGGACGAGAUCAGGGCUCCACCUCAAACAUCCUGUUGGGUGACGGUCUGGUGCUGAUCAGCGCGACGCUGUACGCCGUCUCCAACGUGUGUCAGGAGUACACGGUGAAGAACCUGAGCAGGGUGGAGUUCCUCGGCAUGGUCGGCCUGUUCGGCACAAUCAUCAGCACCGUACAGAUGGUUGUCCUGGAGCGUAAUGAAGUUGCUAAGAUCCAGUGGAGCUGGCAAGUGGGGCUUCUGUUCGCUGCCUACGCGUUGUGCAUGUACGCUCUGUACAGCUGCAUGCCCAUCGUGAUGAAGCUGAGCAGCGCCACCUCCGUCAACCUGUCGCUCCUCACCGCCGACCUCUUCAGCCUCUUCUGUGGGGUCUUCCUCUUCCAGUACAACUUCUCUGGACUCUACCUGGUCUCACUGGUGGUCAUCCUCAUCGGCUUCAUCACCUUCAACGUUGUGCCAACACCUGUUGACCACACAGACUCCUCCUCCUCCUCUUCUUCCUCUUCUUCCUCUUCCAUCUGUGAGGAAGAUCACAACAACGAUCCUGUGGCCACUCAGGAUGACAUCACCAAGCAGGAAGUGGCUGUGAGGAUCACCACUGAGGAGGAGGAGGAAGAGGAGAGGAGGAAGAGCGACCUCAGUGAUGCUGUUGGUCGCAGCACUAAGCUGUGAGCUGCAGCACAGAAACCUGUUGAUGUGUCUCUUUUUUGUUAACACAUUUAUUUAUUGAGUUUUGCUUUUAUACAACAACGUACAGGCAAAA